AGAAAAGCUACUUGGAGAUCACUGCAUAUCAUCUUCCAGUUUACUACCACGCUAUUGCAAGCCAUCAUGGACUCAUUUCAGAUUGAUCUGAGGAGACGGCUGGACAGCCUUGAGUGUCACUUCACCUGGAACCUCAGUCACAACGUUAGCAUUCUACACCGGCAGCAGGAGCAUUUGGAGGACCGCAGUCGACAUGGCUGUGCUUGGGAGGGUCACCUGUACAACCUGCUGGGUUACGUCAUCUACCACAUCAAAGACUCUGCAGAAGAGGCACUGGCACACCUGCGACAGGCUGAGGUGGCUCUCAAAGAGCGAGAACCGGAGGGCAGAGGACCCCGUCUGCUGGUCAACCAGGCUAACCUGGCCUGGGUGCACUACCAUUUGGAGGAGCUGCCGGAGUGCCAGGCUUAUCUGGAGGAAGUGGCCCGGCUCCAGGAGGAUUUCCCUGCACCUCCCGGGUGUGAACUUCAUCCAGAGGUAUAUGGGGAGAAAGGCUGGACUCAGGUGAAGUUUGAGUAUGAUUUGAAGAAGCAAGCUGUAGCUAACUUUGAGAUGGCUCUGAGAGGAGACCCAGAUAGGAAAGAGUGGCACGUAGGCCUCGCAAUUGCCAAGUAUAAACUUUAUGAAGGUAAUGACGAGUUGACAGAAGAAAUCAUUGAGCAAAUUAAAAUUGCAAAGACAAAAGAUCCAGAUAACCUACGUAUGUUAGCUAUCUACUGGAAUGCUUUGGCAAAAGUUGGCAGAAAGACAGAGGAGACUGUGAGAGAGGUUCAUGACCUAGCUCAGCAGCUGAAACCAGAUCUUGACGGCCUUGGAGACAUUCUUCACUUCUUACGUUUCCAUGAUUCUCUGAAUUCAGCCUUACAAGUUGCAGAGGAGAUAGGCAUCCUGGACCUGCUGUAA